AUGUUUAUGAAAUUCACUGUAAAGACUACACAACAUUUUUUAAAUGUGAUAAAGCGUUCUUUCUCAGUAUAAGCUGAAUAACCUAUUUUAGUUAAUGGAAAUAAAAUAUCAAAAGAUGUGCUUUAAAAAGUGAAGGAAAGGAUACUAAGUAUUCGUGAAAGAGUAAAUAUUAGAGAACCUAAGCUAGCUAUAAUAUUAGUUGGUAAUGCAGCUGAUUCAAUAUCUUACGUUUCAGUCAAAUAAAGAGCUUGCAAGCGUGUAGGAGUUCAAUCUGAGUUGAUUCAUUUACCUGAAACAACAACUUAAAAAGAAGUUAUUUAAAUAGUUGAAGACUUGAAUAAAAGAGAAGACGUUGAUUCAAUAUUAACAUAAUUACCGUUUCCAGCACAAAUUUCAAAGACUAUUGUAAUCAAUUAAAUUGAACCAAGUAAAGAUGUGGAUGGUUUGUAAAGAUGUUUCCUCACUUAAUAGUUAAUUUGGGAUGAUCAUAAUAAUAGAGCUCUCCCAUGCACUCCAUAAUCUUGCUUGCACAUUCUUGAUACUCAUAAGAUCGAUGUAAAAGGUAAAUAAGUUGUUAUGCUUGGUAAAGGCUUGCUAGUAGGAUCUCCUUUAGGCGCAAUUUUGCUUGGUAGAGGAGCUAUAGUUAGUAUGUGUGAUAAGAAAAGUGAUUUGAGUAUUGCUUUAAAAGAUGCUGAUAUUUUAGUAUCUGCUACUGGUGUUAGAAAAUUAGUUAAAGGGGAGCAACUUAAAAAAGGAGUUAUUGUUAUUGAUGUUGGAUGCAGUAGACCUCUUCCACACGAAGAUUAGUCAUCUAUUGUUGGAGAUGUUGAAUUCGAAUCAGUAAUAUUAAAGGCAAGUUUAUUAACACCAGUACCUGGAGGAGUUGGGCCUGUUACAGUCAGUAUGUUGAUUCAAAAUGUUGUAAAAUAAUGGGAGAGAAAUAAUAGUGUACUAAUUUCUUAAGUUAAAUUUGAAGAUGUUAAUCAAUAGGAUAGGGAAAGUCUAGAUUCAAUGGAAAAAGAAUAAUAAGUAGAUAGCCAUUAAAAAUAAAUAAAUGACAUAAAUGAGGGUAUUUAUAAAGAAGAAAUUGCUGAUCAAUAGCAAGAAAAAUUAAAAAAGAUAAUUUAAAACCCUAAAAAGGAUAUUCUAAUUUAAUGA